AUGGUAUUGUUGUGCAAAUAUAAGGUUUCUUGGGUUUUCGUGUUGUCCGUAGCAGGUUCUUCGUUGAUUAGAGACUUUUUAUUUGGUCAAGAUGAUAGUUUGUCGAUUGAGAAAAGAACAAACGAGUACACUACUCCAGAGUACGGUGGUACAAGCCAUUGCAAUGGUGGUGAUAAGAAUUGUUAUCCUCAGUGUUUUGAUCAUCGUGGCCAACCAAAGAAAGAUAAAUGUUGCUUUGAUAAACACAACAAGGUUUUAUAUCCAUAUCCUUGUACUUCAUCUUCGUCUUCAUCUUCAUCCAGUAGUACUGUAUCAUCAAGCUCCAGCGAAGUAAUUUCUUCAUCUUCUGAGGAAGCUAGCUCAAGUGAAAUUACAUCGUCCAGUGAAAUAAGCUCCUCAAGUGAAGUCAGUUCCUCAAGUGAAGUUUUAUCAUCAAGCGAAAUCAUUAGUUCGUCCAGUGAAGUUGUUAGUUCGUCAAGUAAAGUUAGUUCUUCGAGUGAAGCCACCAGUUCAUCCAGUGAAAUUAUUAGUUCUUCUAGUGAAGUUGUCAGCUCCUCAAGCCAAGUCACAAGUUCAAGUGAAGUGGUAAGUUCAUCGAGUGAAGUGGUCAGCUCAUCAAGUGAAGUUAGUUCAUCAAGUGAAGUGGUAAGCUCCUCCAGUGAAGUCAGCUCUUCCAGUGAAGUCAGCUCUUCCAGUGAAGUCAGUUCUUCGAGCCAAGUUACAAGUUCAAGUGAAAUUGUUAGUAGCUCAAGUGAAGUUAGUAGUUCAUCAAGUGAAGUGGUCAGCUCAUCAAGUGAAGUUAGUUCAUCAAGUGAAGUGGUAAGCUCCUCCAGUGAAGUCAGCUCUUCCAGUGAAGUCAGCUCUUCCAGUGAAGUCAGCUCUUCCAGUGAAGUCAGCUCUUCCAGUGAAGUCAGUUCUUCGAGCCAAGUUAUAAGUUCAAGUGAAGUGGUCAGCUCAUCAAGUGAAGUGGUCAGCUCAUCAAGUGAAGUUAGUUCAUCAAGUGAAGUUAGUUCAUCAAGUGAAGUGGUAAGCUCCUCCAGUGAAGUCAGCUCUUCCAGUGAAGUCAGCUCUUCCAGUGAAGUCAGUUCUUCGAGCCAAGUUACAAGUUCAAGUGAAAUUGUUAGUAGCUCAAGUGAAGUUAGUAGUUCAUCAAGUGAAGUGGUCAGCUCAUCAAGUGAAGUUAGUUCAUCAAGUGAAGUGGUAAGCUCCUCCAGUGAAGUCAGCUCUUCCAGUGAAGUCAGCUCUUCCAGUGAAGUCAGCUCUUCCAGUGAAGUCAGCUCUUCCAGUGAAGUCAGUUCUUCGAGCCAAGUUACAAGUUCAAGUGAAGUGGUCAGCUCAUCAAGUGAAGUUAGUUCAUCAAGUGAAGUGGUCAGCUCAUCAAGUGAAGUCAGCUCUUCCAGUGAAGUCAGCUCUUCCAGUGAAGUCAGUUCUUCGAGCCAAGUUACAAGUUCAAGUGAAAUUGUUAGUAGCUCAAGUGAAGUUAGUAGUUCAUCAAGUGAAGUGGUCAGCUCAUCAAGUGAAGUUAGUUCAUCAAGUGAAGUGGUAAGCUCCUCCAGUGAAGUCAGCUCUUCCAGUGAAGUCAGCUCUUCCAGUGAAGUCAGUUCUUCGAGCCAAGUUACAAGUUCAAGUGAAAUUGUUAGUAGCUCAAGUGAAGUUAGUAGUUCAUCAAGUGAAGUGGUCAGCUCAUCAAGUGAAGUUAGUUCAUCAAGUGAAGUGGUAAGCUCCUCCAGUGAAGUCAGCUCUUCCAGUGAAGUCAGCUCUUCCAGUGAAGUCAGUUCUUCUAGCCAAGUUACAAGUUCAAGUGAAGUGGUCAGCUCAUCAAGUGAAGUGGUCAGCUCAUCAAGUGAAGUUAGUUCAUCAAGUGAAGUUAGUUCAUCAAGUGAAGUCAGCUCUUCCAGUGAAGUCAGCUCUUCCAGUGAAGUCAGUUCUUCGAGCCAAGUUACAAGUUCAAGUGAAAUUGUUAGUAGCUCAAGUGAAGUUAGUAGUUCAUCAAGUGAAGUGGUCAGCUCAUCAAGUGAAGUUAGUUCAUCAAGUGAAGUGGUAAGCUCCUCCAGUGAAGUCAGCUCUUCCAGUGAAGUCAGCUCUUCCAGUGAAGUCAGUUCUUCGAGCCAAGUUACAAGCUCAAGUGAAGUGGUCAGCUCAUCAAGUGAAGUGGUCAGCUCAUCAAGUGAAGUUAGUUCAUCAAGUGAAGUUAGUUCAUCAAGUGAAGUCAGCUCUUCCAGUGAAGUCAGUUCUUCCAGUGAAGUCAGUAGCUCAAGUGAAGUCACUAGUUCAUCAAGUGAGAUUAUUAGUUCCUCCAGUUCUAGUGAAGUUACAAGUUCUAGUGAAGUCAGUUCCUCAAGCCAAGCUACCAGCUCAUCAAGCGAAAUCAUUAGUUCCUCGAGUAAAGUCAGUUCCUCGAGUGAAAUUACAUCUUCGAGUGAGUGCAUUAGUUCAACUAGUGAAGUCAACAGUUCAUCAAGUGAGGUUGUCAGUUCAUCUAGCGCUUCUAGUGAAGUUGUUAGCUCUUCAACCGAAUGUAUUAGUUCAUCAAGUGAAGCUAUCAGUUCUUCAAGCCAAGUUACCAGCUCUUCAACUGAAUGCAUCAGCUCAUCAAGCGAAGUUAUAUCAUCUAGUGAAGUUACCAGUUGUUCCAGUGAAGUGGUAUCGUCUAGCGAAACUUGCAUCUCAAGUAAAGAAAUGUCUUCCAGUGAACAAAUAUCAUCAAGUGAAUCUACUAGUUCAUGUAGUGAAUUUGUUAGCAAAAGUUCAGAACAUUCAUCAUUAUCAAGUGAGUCCUGCCCAAGUGAAGAGACAAGUACAGUUUCAGAAACAUCACUGGAGACUGUUACAUGUAAACACCAUGGAUGUUCUAAAACCAAAACUCAUCACUCCACUCCAACUAAAUGUGUUACAAAAACAAUAGAAACAUCGGUUUACGUUACUACAUGUCCUGAUAAAUCAAUUACUACCGAAACUGCGGUGGUUAUUGUGGUGACCAAUGAAUCUACUGCGACUACUUAUACUGAAAUUAUUAAGACUACAGUGAUCGAAGGUAAUACCUUAACUACUAAUAUUCCAAUCAAACAUGUCGAAACAGAAACAGCAGAAAUAAUUGAAUAUACCACCAUUUGCCCUACCACAUUACCAAAUGGUCAUAAAACAACUGUCAUUGCUGGCAUUGCUGUUGGUACAAAUGGCCAAGGACAGAAAGUUACAAAGACGGUUCCACUCGAAUAUAACGAGAGCACUUUAGCUAAUGGUCACGUAACAAGAGUUGCAUCUGGUAUUGUCAAAGCUACUGGUGAGAAUGGCGAAGAGAUUACAAAAACAAUUCCAAUUGAGUACAGAAAAACUACUGAAAGGAUCGAGUUUAUUACUGUCUGCCCAACUACACUAGCAAACGGUCAAGUCAUUGAAACUACUGCUGGAAUUGUCAUCACCACUAACAAACAAGGAGAGAAGGUCACAAAGCCAGUUCCACUUGAGUUCACCAGCACCAUUGAGUUUAGCCACCACCUCACUACUCAUCCUGUUACUUUGCCAAAUGGACAAAUCACUGUUACUACAGAGGGUGUGAUAAUUACACGAAAAGGGGAACAACAAUUUACCAAGACGGUUGAAGUUGGAAACUUACCUAGCAAACCAAUUGAAGUUGUUCAAAAGAUUAGUGUUGUUCCAAAGACGUUGCCAAAUAGCCAAGUUACUUCAGAAACCGUUGCCAUUCUUGUGACAGUAGGCGAAGAGUUGCAACCAAUUACAAAGACAAUUCCAAUUGGAACUAGUGCUCAAGAAACAGAACCAUCCUUUGCAUCAUACAGCGAGAUUGUAUUUACUACGUGUUCCGAAGGUGGAUGCAAUACAUACACUACAAAUGUUGAAGUGAUUGGUAACAAGGUCAUUACAAAGCAAAGUGGGAAACCAAUUGUCGAGGAGCAAACUACCAAUGGCAUUGAACAUCAAUCUGAUAAAGUAUAUUACACGGUUGUUUCUGGUGAAACUAAGACUAUUCAAACACCCGGAUCCAUUGUAUCAACUUCUCCUGCUGCUAUUCCAGUUGUUACCUCAAAAGGAUCUCCUAACAUUGUUGGAUCUUCUGUUGUGGCUGGCUCUUCUGUAACAACAAGUGAAGUUAGUACAUCUACUGCCGGUGUUUUACAGGGAAACGCAGCAUCAAGACAAAGCUUUAAUUACAAGUUCAUUGUUGGUUUGAUUUUAGCUUAUAUCAUUGCUUAG